GCCAUGGGGGUGCUGAUGUCCAGGCGGCAGACGGUGGAGAAGGUGCAGAAGGUCAGCUUGGCCGUGUCAGCCUUUAAGGACGGGCUGCGGGAGCAGCCGUCGACACGGCGGCGGGCGGAGGCGGGGGGCACGCGCCGGGGGACACUGGAGCAGGCAGUGCAGGAGGGAGAGGAGGAGGAGGCGUCGACGGGACCUUCCCAGCCGGAGGAGAGCAGCGCCAGCAAGGCGGCCUGGGAACGGCUGCGGGAUGGCCGGGGCGUGGAGCCGGAGGAGUUUGACCGAGCCAACAGGUUCACACCACCCGCCUUCAUCCGGCCCAAGCGGGAGCUGCACGAUGACGAGCCCCCGGACAUCAGCCUGGAACAGCGGGAGCAGGUCCUCAGCGACGAGAUGUGCGAGAUCUGCGAGGACAACCUCAAUCUCCUGCUGACGGAGGAAGAGAUGUACAGCCUGAUGGAGACACUGCGGCACUGCGAGAUCAUUCCAGAGACCUGCCUGACCCUGGACGACUUCCUGCACUACAAGCACCUGGUGCACAAGCAGCAGUUCGAGCGGCCCAUGGCUGAGGCGCAGGAGGAGCAGGCAGCCCUGCAGUUCUCCGCCCUGGACCCCGACAAGAAGGGGCACAUCGAGUGGCACGACUUCCUCUCCCACGAGUCCAUCCAGCUGCUGCAGAACCUACGGCCGCAGAACGCCCUGCUGCGGCUGCUGACGGCCAAGGGGCGGGAGCGGGCACGGGCGGCCUUCUUGGCCCUGGACCAGGAUGGCGACGGCUUUGUCGGGGAGGGCGAGUGCCGCCGGGCCCGGCACGCCUGGUUCCGCAAGCACCAAAAGGAGACACCAUCCUGCAACGUCAGGGCAGCCCGGAGGGAGCCGUAUGGGACCUGA